AUGUUAGACUACGAAGAAAGCCCUCCGCCACUCAAUCACUCGCCUUCUCCGAGUGAUCGGUCGCAUUUCACCUCUCGAGAUACGACCCCAGUUACACCCGUCGGCACCGGGCCGUUCUUUGGCAGGAAGACAGAGAAGGACACGCUCCCGUGGUUUAGGAAACCCAUCGACGUAGGACGUACCACUACGAGACUUUGUUUAGACACCGACUCCUCCCUCCUCGCACCGGACUUUGACGACAACUCUUUCCCAACAUUUGGCGCUUCGCCACCGCAUAAGGGCAUGGCGAGCGUAGCCAACCCUCUCGACAUCUCUGUAAGACAGACCUCGACUUCGCCCCGUGGCAACCAGCCGUCAAACCUGACCUCCGCCCUGCAACGAAGUGACAGUGAAGAGAAGCGCAUGAUGGCCAACCAAACCCCAGACACGGCGCUCAACCGCCCCCUCCCCCAGAUGCCUUCCACUUCCUCAAAUGACUUUGCCAACUUUGAGCAUGGGGCGAGGCCGAUCUCGGUUAAAGGGAUGGCAAAUGAUAGAGCGAGACGCGAGAGUCUGGCGCAGAGUCUCAAUGCGGGCAUGAGCUGGGGGGGAAUAUCUGUGGGAAGCUGGAUACGAGACGAUAUGGUUAUGUCUGGCACUUCGCCCUUUACAUUUAAUUCUCCCUCGUUCCAUUCCUCCUCCUACCUACCCAAACUCGAGGCCAACUUCAUGAAGGACUUCUCCUGCUGUGGCCUUACUUUGCCUACUCUGCACGAUCUUCUCCAGCACUACGAGGAAGCCCACGCGCAGAAAGAUCCCCAGCAGUCCAAUACCAAUCAGCAACCUGUUCCAGAUAGCCGAGCUGCAAUCGCUGCGACGACGGCGGCUCAGGUUCAACAAGAGGCCCAACAACGCAAUCAGCAGCAGCAGCAGUCACACAAUGCCCCCGGUCGGCCUUUUGGGACGCAGCAGAACGUAGUCCAGAACGUCCAUAGACCGUCGGGAUUUUCCAGCACCUUGCAGACGAUACCAGACAUGGACACGGUCGAGGACAUGGAGAUGGACGACAUUGAUGGAGCCGAUGAGACGACACCGCCACCGAAUCUGUACACCCAGAACCAAUCUCAAACCUCACCACAGACCUCUUUCGCAGCGCCGUCACAACAGCCUCAAAUACCUCAACUCAACACGACCAUGAUGCAAGGGCACCAGGCCUACCGGCAGUCCACUCCCAACACGCCCGUGGCGCCAGGACGUAAUGCUGCACGUUUCCAGGGCAACACUUCAUCCACGCUGAUGCCGAACCCGAUGCAGCAAUUCCAGGACCUGCAGACCGGAUAUCGAGGUACCCCAGACUCUUCUGCGCCCGGCACCCCCGGCGAGAUGGGGGACGGAAUGAUGGACGGUAUGGAUGAUAUAUCGAUGCAGAACCUCGCCUUGUACAACGGCCUUCCGAACGGCAUCGGCGGGUACAAUUUCGGCAUGAAUAACGACAUGAUCGAUCUCUGCAUAGACGAGCCAUCGAAACGUCUCUUUUCGACAGGCAACCAGGGCAUGACUCAAGCGCAAGCAGGCCAGCAGCAAAUGGCCCAGAAUCGACUUGGCACCGGGCAGUACGGAGCAAACAGUGAAAUUGCGAGGACAAUUCGCGAACGACAAGCCGCUGCCGGAUUACCCGACACCACCACUAACAUUCUUCCGCACGAAGAACCUAAACCCUUCCGAUGCCCCGUCAUUGGCUGUGAGAAGGCCUACAAGAACCAGAACGGGUUGAAAUAUCACAAAGCACAUGGUCACAACAACCAGCGGCUUCAUGAGAAUGGGGAUGGCACGUUCUCAAUCGUGGACCCCGAUACCCAGGCACCGUAUCCCGGCACCAUGGGAAUGGAAAAGGAGAAGCCUUACAAGUGCGAUGUUUGCCAGAAGCGGUACAAGAACCUGAAUGGUCUCAAGUACCACAAGACGCAUUCACCGCCUUGCAACCCCGAACUCCAGCUGAAUGCGAACAAGGGUCCGUCACUCGGUAUGCCCAACAUGAUUGCUGGCCAACAAACAGGCAAUAUGGGAGCUGGUCUCUCGGGGGAUCUGAACAUGAUGUGA